UUUUUCUUUUUUUCUUCGAUUAUGUCAAAAGUAGAUAAAAAGAACCCUGCCUUACACUUGACGGGUGGAGCUAUUUCAGGCAUGACAGCCUGCGUUGCUUUGCAACCAUUGGACUUGAUAAAAACACGCUUACAACAACAGCGUCAAGAUCACCUUGCUUUUCUUAAAGAGGCAAAAAAAAAGGGUCUUAAAGUGUUGCCUCAGACAAGCAAUAUAUACUCGACAAUCAAAGAUAUUGUUCAAGCAAAUGGCUAUAGUGGACUAUGGAGAGGAACUGUUCCUACUAUUAUGAGAAAUGUGCCUGGUUCAGCUUUGUAUUUCUUUGCUUUGUCUGAAAUUCGAGAAACACUAGCCAAGACAAGAGCUAGCUGGCAACCCAUGUUUAAUAGAUCAAUGACAAAUACAGCUGACUAUCAACGCUGGGAGAAUCUAGUGUCAGGUUCGGCAGCAAGAGGAGCAGUAGGUUAUAUUAUGAUGCCUAUCACAGUUGUCAAAGUAAGAUAUGAGAGCAAUUUCUAUAACUAUUCUAGUUUGAGCGAAGCAUUCAAAUCUAUUAUCAAGACAGACGGUCUUCGAGGAUUGUUUGCUGGCUAUGGUGCUACGUUCAUUCGAGAUGCACCUUUUGCUGGUAUUUAUCUUUUUUUCUAUGAAAGCUGCAAGACAUCAGCAAACGGAUACCUUUUGAGUCAUAAUUUACCAGUGGCCAAUGCGGUGAUAAAUAUGGGAUCCGGAAUGAUAGCAGGUAUGGCAGCAACUUGUACUACGCAACCAUUUGAUAUGUUGAAAACACGCAUGCAAUUAAAACCAACGGUCUACAAAAACAUGAUUCAAUCAGCUAAAAAAGUAUACUUCGAGGAAGGCAUAAUGGGAUUUUUCGACGGCAUUAGUGUGAGACUGAUACGCAAACCACUCAAUUCUGCCAUCUCAUGGACUAUUUACGAAGAACUCGUGCGUUGGUAUCAGCGUAGAGAUCAAUUGAUCAAAGAAAAGCUCUAAGUAUCCGCAAUCUCCAGUUCUCUCGUUUGUGUAUUAUAUGAACUAGAUCAAUAGACAAAAUUACCUGUAAAUUAUAGUCUAUUUCCUGUUGUUUCGUCUACCCUCUAUUCAAUUGACAUUAUUUCUUCAGUCACAUAUGAAGCAAAGCAAUUUCGCCAAUCUUGUAAGCACUAAAGAAUAGAAAGGGGAAAAAAUGAGCUUCUGCUUUGUAGCAGAAAAAUAAAAAUUGGAU